AUACAUAUUUAAAUUGACAUUCAUUUUUAUAAAUUUAAUUCUGAGAUGCAUUUAGGAUUACUGUCACAAGAGCGUUUGACAUUUGAUCCAAUUAAGCCGUUAAUUCUUCGAGGACCACCUUCAGAAAAUGCUUCUUCUGUAUUUACAGGGACUGUUGUACUUUCUUUAGCUAAAUCAACAAAAGUUAAUUCAAUUACAGUUACUUUUAAAUCAACUGCUACUACUUAUUGGCCAGAAGGAAUUGGUGCACGUGGUACUCGAUUGACACACGAAAAAGUCCUUAGUGAAGAAAGUGUACAGUUAUUAGAUACUAAUAAGAAUGACUUUAUUAAAUUACCAGCAGGUGUACAUCGAUUUUCUUUUGCAUUUAUUGUACCUAAUUCUAUUGUUGAAACAAUUGAAGAUGUAUAUGGUAGAGUUAGGCAUACAGUAGAUGCAAGAGUAGUUGGACCUGGUAUUCAAAUAUUAAAUAAUUGGCAUAUUUCAAAGCCUGUCCUUGUAUUACGAGCUUAUAUGUCUGACUCAUUAUUAACAAAUAAUUCAUUACAAGAUUUAUCUCGUACCUAUGAAAAGCAUUUACCGGCUGCUGAUGUACAACUCGUAGUUGAAAGAGCUGCAUUUUCUUCAGGUGAUCUCUUUUUCUUGAGACUCAUUCUUCAACCACAACGCAAGAAAGUUCGUUUAGAACAUAUGGAAUUAACAGUAACAGAAAAUCGACGUUAUAAUGUAGCAGAGGUACGGGCUAAUCGUACUGACACUGAACACUUUCCAUUACCAUUUUUAGCAUCAACUAAAUUAGCUGAAGGUGAAGAGAUGGAUACAAAAAAUGAAAGUGAUGAUUUAAGAUCUGUAUUUACAAAGCAUGGAAAAGGAAUUGAUUUAACAGAUACAAUAGCUUAUCGAAUUACAUUUGCUACACCUACAUGUAUGAGAAAUAUUCAUCAUACUACUUAUUACAAAGAUAUUUUAUUUAGACAUCAUCUUAAUAUUACAAUGACAAUAUCAUUCGUAGACGAUCACUUAACUUCAAUAAGUUCAAAUAAUAGCAGUAAUAGUAGUAUUAGUGAAGAAUCUUCAAAUACAACUGUUACUCCUGCUUUACCUACUACAAUUGAACAGCAAGCUGCUGAAGCUAUGUUUGCCUUACCUCCACCACCACCUGCUGCAUUAUCUCUUCAAUCGACUAACACAAAUACACACAUUAGACAAGCUAUUCAACUUAAUAAUCCUACACCUAUUAUCUAUCCACAUAAUCCUUACAAUAAUAUUAAUUCUAAUACACAACAUUUAUCUCAAUCAACUUGGCUAUCUAAGCUUCGAAAGCCUGUCCAUUCAAAAGAAGGAGGUACUCAUGUCAUUCGUAAACGAGAAACAAUUCGUUUAGAAACUCCUGUUACCAUUUUUGAUUGUCGACUCAAAGAAGAUUAUGGUCGCUUACCUUCUUAUUCAGAACUUAAUGUCACUGCUCAUCCAACUCAUGGCGAUGAUAAAACUAAAAUGGCUGAUAUGUUGGAACAAGAUCUCAUGUUACAAUGUAUGCCUAAUUCUGAUCAACAAAUACCUUCUAAUGAACCACAGCCUCAAUUAUGCCCUUGUUAUUUUAAGUUUCGUCGUCAAAUGGAAAUGGCUUCUCAGGCACAAUUGUUAGCGGCUAAUAAUGAUAGUACAUAUGCUUUAGAGAGGAUACCGUCUAUUCCACCACCUGAUUAUGUCGAAACUGCUAAUUAAACCCAAAACAAAGAGAAAAAAAAAAAGAGAAAAAUACCCUAUAAUUCCGAUUACUAUUAUUUUAUUUAAAUUUGUAUUUUUUUUUUAAGAAAAAGAAAAGGAGCUCUUAAUAUUGUAAUUUUACAUUAAUUGAAAUAAAUAAUGCAUGUAUUUUAAUUUUACUUACAACGUAAAGACAUAUAUGCGUUCUAAUGUUACUAUUUUUU